AUGAAGAAUGAUCUUGCUUUUGUGCGUGAUGAAUCAGAAAACUACAUGUCACAUAUAGCUGCAAAAAAAGCACCUAUACAGAGGCUCAAUCAAAUUCCUGGUGCAGCUCUCCAAAUGCAACGUGAGCUACUCUGGUAUAAGGAAGUGGAAAGUGUUAUGUUCUCCAUCCAUGAAAUGGCUGAAAACAAACAAAGGAAAACACCAAGAAUAUUAUUCACAGAGGAGCAUAGAGACCUAUUAAAAGAUGGAGCAACAUGGAUGAAAGAUACAUCAACACAAUGCAUGGUGAUAGCAACACUAAUCACUACAAUUAUGUUUGCAGCAGUGUUUACCGUACCAGGUCAUGGAGGAGGAGGAGGAGGAGAACCCAAUAAUUACAUACAAGGCAAGUUUCAGUUAGUUUUUAAUUAUCAUAUCAAAAAUGUUAGCACUUUGUUUUUCGGUUGCUGCAAUGUUGAUGUUUUUAGCCAUUAUUACUUCACGAUAUGCGGAAGAAGACUUUCUGUCGACUUUGCCUCGGAUGUUGAUGAUGGGUCUUUUCUUUCUCUUCAUCUCGAUAGUGGGGAUGAUGGUAGCCUUUGUGACAGCUGUCUUAUUUAUGAUUCGGUAUGAUAUUCGUUUAUGGGCCUCCUUUCCAAUUGUCCUUCUAGCAAGUCUCCCAAUCACUAUAUAUGCUUGGUGGAACUUCCCCUAUUCAUGCAAUUGAUGUUUACCACAUCCUCGUCACAAGUUUUCGGGAAGAGAAAAUUAAAUAAGCUUGAAUGAAUAGAUGUAAUCGUAUUUUACCAUUAGUGUGUUGUAGAAGGAACCAUAUAUAAAAGAAGUCCAAUGUAUAAUCAAGU